ACAGAGUACACGCCAGAUGUAGUGGGGUAUACACAUACCAAAUUAUUAUAUGGAGUAUUAGUACAUGGCUGGAUUGAUAGACAGUGUCCUCUAGUGGUAAUGUUAUAUAUUGCAGCUACCUCAGGAAAUGUAUAUAUUAUUCAGUGUCAUCACUAUCCUGUCAUCUGUCCUUUCACUAGACAUAAAAUGGUAUUGAAUUGAAACGGGGGAGUUCUAUUAGUUGAGCAAGAUCAAUCAUACUUACGCCUACUUUUAAUAUAGACAAAGUUACCUAUCUUACUGAAGAAUUUAACUUUUUUUAUUAAACCAUUAGUUUUAUAUACUGUAACUUGUCUGCUAAUGGCCACGCUGUGUAGAUUAACAUAUCCUGGUUGUCAUAUCAGAUAAUAAGGUAGUGAUUAGUAUCACAAGUAUUUGAUAGAAGAGAAAGGGAGAGGAUAAUAUGAUACCUUGGAUCCACUAUCUCAGUUUCCACAGCAACCGGUAUUAAAUAACAUGUACUCUGUGGUGGACUUUGAACCGGCAGGCAGAUGGGUGUGGAGACAGGUAAGGUAAGCCAGUUGCAUUCCAGGAAGAGAGAUCUCUGACUACAGACAUGGCUAAAUUCCUGUCAGGAACUCAGAUCAACGAGUUCAAGGAAUGUUUCUCCUUGUACGACAAGAAGCGCAAGGGGAAGAUUGAAGCCAAGGACCUGAUCACAGUUAUGCGCUGUCUGGGGACGAGUCCCACCUUCGGUGAGAUCGACCGACACCUGCAGGUCCACAAGAUAGAAAAGAAGGGCGAGCUAGACUUCUCCACCUUCCUGACCAUGAUGCACCGGCAGAUCCAGCAGGAGGACCCCAAGGCGGAGAUCCUGGAGGCCAUGAGGAUGACGGACAAGCAGAAGAAGGGCUACAUCCUAGCCUCGGAGCUCCGGGCCAAGCUCACCAAGCUAGGAGAGAAGCUGACUGAUAAAGAAGUGGACGAGCUGUUCAGAGAAGCCAACGUGAAGUCUAAUGGCAACGUGCACUACGAGGAGUUCACCAGGAUGGUGACACUACCGUCAGUGGAUUACUGAGGGACAGGACAGGAGGAGAUGACGUCCUUUAUGACAGGGAAGCAUGAUCAUGGAAGGGACCUGGUUAUGCAUGCACUGAGCAUUACCCAACCACCUCCAUGCACUGAGCAUUACCCAACCACCUGCAUGCACUGAGCAUUACCCAACCACCUGCAUGCACUGAGCAUUACCCAACCACCUCCAUGCACUGAGCAUUACCCAACCACCUCCAUGCACUGAGCAUUACCCAACCACCUCCAUGCACUGAGCAUUACCCAACCACCUGCAUGCACUGAGCAUUACCCAACCACCUCCAUGCACUGAGCAUUACCCAACCACCUCCAUGCACUGAGCAUUACCCAACCACCUGCAUGCACUUAAUUUAUUGAUCAUCUAGGUUUGUGUCUAUUGUACGCUACUUUCUAUCAUUUAUACAAGUGCAUUUGAUGAAUUAAAUGGAUGUCCUUUUUUAAAUUCUAAUUGGGGGGGUUUAUUUGACUUGCUGCAGGAAGAGUAUCUGCAGGAAGAGUAUCUGCUGCAUAUGUAAUGGACAUUAAAAUAAACCAAAUCAACUAAAA